AGUUCUCCCUGAUACGGAAACCAAACAGGGCAUCGGCUGCGGGGGAGCACCGUGGCGCUGAUGGACCCGGUGUCCACCCAAUUUUUUUCCGGUAUGGAAAGGCGAUCGAUCUAGGUCUUGAGCGCCGCCGCCGCCUCUCUCAUGGAAACCCCAAUCUCCUCCGCGCCUGGAGAUGCGAAUUCUCCUAGGGCUAGCUUCGCCGGCGGCGGCCCCAGCGAAGGCGACGGAUCAACGGCGAAUGGUCGGAGCUACUACGACAAGUUCGGGUAUCCGGAUGCAGCUUCCCAUUUCGAGGCAAAGGAUCAGGAGACUCUCACCAAGUACAUGAUUCAUGUGUCCCCAAUACUGCAGCCUGUAUUGGCCAAGGACAGGGUCGCCAAGUUCGAGAACCUCUGCUGCGGCUGGUCGCACUUUAUGGGCCGCCGCGAUUUCAUUUUCCCAGAUGUCCUCAUUUCCAUCAUCUCCCAGAACGCCGUGCGCUGUGCCAAGGUGGCGCUGAGCGGCGAUCUGUACAACGGACGCCGAGCUGACCCCAACGCCCGGCACCGCUACGGGUUCACGCCCCUCCACGCGGCCGCUGAGACUUUCAGCGUCGAUAUGGUCAAGCUCCUCCUUCGCCAUGGCGCGUCGGCGAACAUCCGCACGGAGGGAGACAAUGUUAUUGAAGGUCUCCUCCCUCUUCAUGUCGCAGUAGAGAAUGCUGGCAUGCAUAAGUUCCUGGAGGACCAUUGGGAAGAUGGGUGCCCUCUCGAGAAACUCAUCUCUCUCCUCUGUCUGCCUGAGAUGAAGAUGUACUUGGACACGACCAGGCUGAUUGCCAAACAUACAGAUAACAUUGUUGAUGAGGUAUGGAAUUAUAUAAAUGGGAGGAAGUUUGUCGAGUCGGCAAUUUUGCUGCUGGCUGCUCAGAAGCAGCUUCGUGGCCCCGUAAAUGGGGGCAGAAGCAAGGCUUCUCGGGAUGGGUUUGAUGUUGUUAGACGUCGCACCUAUCAAGCUAUUGGCUCCCUACAUCGUCAAGCAACAGCUAUGGUUAAUGAGGGAAAAAAUGGCAGUGUCCUAAAGAAGCUGAAGAACAAGAAGGAAGAUCUUAUUACAGCAGGAACUCUAGUUGAUAUUGUUGACAAUGCAGGUGAAGCUCUUGAGAGCUACAUUCAGACUUACUCAGAGGUGACCCAUGAGGAGAUUAUUGAACAUGUUUCAUCAAUUCUAAACAGCAAUGGCAUUGUUCAUUCUGGAAUGGGCAUUGACACUGGAAACCUCAAAGGCUACCAAUAUCUUUGGGCAACAGCGAUUCAUAAAUCAGUCUCACGAGUGGAUGCUGAGGAACCUGACAAAGCUGAAAACUCAUCUUCUCUGAAUGCUAAAGUUAUUAACAAGGUACCGCCUAAAGGAUUGGCCCUAAGAGACGAGAGAAACAAGUUCUUCCCAUACUGGAAAUCGGUGUUGUCUGCUCGGCUGAUGGUGAAUAUAGUUCCACCUUGUGAACCAAGCAUGAAGGACAAGAAGGCAAUGCAAGGUACUGAACCAGGCAGGAAGGGUGUCCGGGUCACAAACAAAUCAAGGGGGAAUUUGACCUCAGCGCCUCAGUUGGGGAGCAGAUAUGAAUGUAGAAGGCAGCUUUGCACUAUUGUUUUGAGGUCCCUGAAGGUGCUCAGAUGCACUUGAAUAGAUAUCUGAUGAGAGCGUGCCUGUUGAAAUACCAUUCCUGGGUACUGCCUGAAUACCUUUUUGCUUAACUUUCCAUUGGUACUGUAGAUAUAUUUUUCAUUUUGGCUGAGGUUGUAUCAUCUUUGUGUAGAUCUGAGGAAAGCAGAAGCAUCGGGGACAUGAAAAUGUUAUUUUUAUGGCCUGUACUUGUGAUUUGAAACCUCGAUGUCACUGUACUAUUUGGAAUAUUACUAUUCAAAGUUGACCUUCGAUGUAAUGUAAUUUAUGUGUGCUAGGCAAUAGAUAUGACCUGGUAUGUGACCUAUACUAGUAAAUGAAUGCUGUGCUACCUUUAAAUAAAUAUUUUAUGAGCUCUUAAAACC